CUAAAAGUGCACGCUCCAUGCAGCAGUCAUAACAAAUAAAGAAGCGAGCUUGCUUGGCGCCUGCGUACUAGGCUGUCCUCGUGACCGACCAAAAUAUCAAUAGGAAAGGUUCCCGAAUGUCAGGAAAUGUCUGAUUCACUGUAAGCAGCCAACCCACGCGUGUCCGCUGCAAAGUUCUAAGGCGAGCGGCCUCCGAGGCGCCCCGGAUACAAUGUUUACCUUCUGCGGGCCAUGACGUCAGCGACCCUUUAACUCCACUGCCAGCGAUGGUGCCUCUUGCACUUUGUGAUGCCGAGCGAGAGAUUCUUUGAUAAACCUUAACUUUUUUGGGGGUCUUUUUUUAUGUUGUAUUUUCUAUACGGAUCUCCAGCACAAUGCAAAGCAGCUGGCCGACUCCUUAACGGAGGAACCCUCCUUUCCAACAGCCAUUAGCCCCAUCUUUCCAACUCCCCUCCUCAAAAACAAUGGAGGCAAAGAAAGACUCUGCGAGAAGAUUGCGCUCUAUUGACCGCACCAGGUACGCAGAGCACGAAGACCUGUCAGACGUGGAGGACAUGGUGAGCAUCAGGGGCUUCAGCCUGGAGCAGAAGGUCAGCUGCAACGCCUACCGAGGGAACUUCGUGCGCUACAUGGAAGGCAAAGACUUUACCUAUGAAUAUGUUCAAAGAGAAGCACUUCAAACACCUCUCCUUUUCUCCACCAAGGAAGGACUGGGUAUUAAAAUGCCAGAACAAGAUUUCACUGUUCGAGAUGUGAAGCUUUUAGUUGGAAGCCGCCGAGUAGUUGAUGUGAUGGAUGUCAACACUCAGAAGAGCAUAGACAUGAGCAUGUCCCAGUUUGUUCGAUACUAUGAAACACCAGAAAUGGAAAGGGAAAAACUGUACAAUGUGAUCAGUCUGGAAUUUAGUCACACAAAGCUAGAGAGAGUGGUGAAGCGGCCUACUGUGGUUGAUGCAGUUGACUGGGUGGAUAACAUGUGGCCACGGCAUUUAAAGGAACAGCAAAAGGAAUCAACAAAUGUAAUAGCUGAAAUGAAGUAUCCUAAAGUGAAAAAGUAUUGUUUGAUGAGUGUUAAGGGCUGCUACACAGAUUUUCACAUUGAUUUUGGUGGGACAUCUGUUUGGUACCAUGUGUUCCGUGGUGGGAAAGUAUUUUGGUUGAUUCCUCCAACUGGGCACAAUUUACAGUUAUAUGAGGAAUGGCUUUUAUCAGGGAAACAAACUGACAUAUUUUUGGGAGACCGAUCAGAAGGGUGUCAGAGGAUUGAGCUCAAGCAAGGGCAAACAUUUUUCAUUCCAUCAGGAUGGAUACAUGCAGUGUAUACACCAGCAGAUUCCCUAGUGUUUGGUGGGAACAUUCUUCACAGCUUCAAUAUUCCCAUGCAGCUUCGUGUUUUUGAAAUUGAAGACAGAACAAGGGUAAAUGCCAAGUUCCGCUAUCCCUUUUAUUAUGAGAUGUGUUGGUAUGUCCUAGAGAGAUAUGUCUGUACUUUGACCAAGCGGUCUCACCUAAUUAAGGAAUACCAGAGAGAGUCAAUGAUAACGGACAGGAAGCCUAGUUUGGACAGUCAUUCCUCAGAUUCUUGGUUAGAAAUGGAGGAAGAAUCCUGCGAUAUACAUAUUAAGGAGGAAAAAGGUAAUCUUGUGGAAAAACCUUCUAAACAAUCAGGAGAUGAGUCGUCUACAACCAAUAGCACACAUUCUAAUGGUAAGGAUGCAGCUGAGAAAAAACAGAAGGCUACUUUGAUGCAGCAAUUGAAAAGGACUUUGUCCAACGACUCAGAUGAAAGUAGCAAGUCCAUUGUCCACAGUGAUUUCCCCAAAACUCCAACAGGAUCUCCUGCUACUGACAUGCCCUGCAAAUUGACUCAUCUCACUGAAUUUGAACUGAAAGGUUUGAAAGCCUUAGUGGAGAAACUUGAGUCCCUCCCUGAAAAUAAGAAAUGUGUCCCUGAGGGAAUUGAGGAUCCACAAGCACUACUUGAGGACAUGAAGACAGUACUAAAAGAACAUGCAGAUGAUGACAACAAUCUGGCCAUUUCUGGUGUACCAGUGGUGAUGUGGCCCAAGAAACCCAGCAAGAACCGGGCAGUUGGAAGGCCCAAAGGGAAAAUUGCCAGUUCACCUGCAGUGAAACUCUCUGCUAACAGAACUAGUGCAGGUGCACGUCGCCGGAGGACUCGAUGCCGUAAAUGUGAGGCAUGUUUACGCACCGAGUGCGGGGAGUGUCACUUUUGCAAGGAUAUGAAGAAGUUUGGGGGUCCAGGAAGAAUGAAGCAGUCGUGUAUUAUGCGCCAAUGCAUUGCACCUGUUCUUCCUCAUACUGCUGUUUGCCUGGUGUGUGGAGAAGCAGGGAAGGAGGAUUGUGUAGAGGGACAAGAAGCUAAGUUUAAUGUCAUGCUGAUGGAAUGCUCCAUCUGUAAUGAAAUAAUCCACCCAGGAUGCCUUAAGACAAAGGAGUCAGACGGUGUAGUAAAUGAUGAACUUCCAAACUGCUGGGAGUGCCCAAAAUGCAAUCAUGCUGGGAAAACUGGGAAAGUCUACAAGCAAAAAAGAGGCCCGGGAUUCAAAUACGCUUCCAAUCUGCCUGGGUCGCUUCUUAAGGAACAGAAGGUGAAUCGAGACAAUAAGGAGUUAACUGAGAUUGUGAAAAAGAAAGUGGAGCGAGAGGAGACCCCCAAGCAGAUCCCAGAAGAGCAGCCCAAAAAGAAGCCUACUGAGGGAAUCAUUAAAAAGAAGCCAGAAGAUGGACAUGUUAGGAAGAAACGAAAAUUUGAGAAGCCUCCAGAUCCCUCAGUGAGGAAACGGUUAAAGCUUGUGAAAGAAGAGAAGCUCUUGAGGAAAAAGAGGAGAUCAUGGAAAACACCAGAUGAACGCGCAAUGAUGGCAAAAACACUUAGGCGUAUAAAACAAGAGCCAGAUGAUGAUUUGACUGAAGCCGCGCCAAAAGCCAAGGAAAGUGACCAGUCAAGGUCUAGCUCUCCUACUGCAGGUCCAAGCACAGAGGGGUCAGAGCCUAAGGAAAAGAAGAAGAUUAGGAGAAAGCGGCGUGUUUCCAAUAAGGAACUUAGCAAGGAAUUAAGCAAAGAGUUGAACCAGGAGAUACAAAAAACUGAAAGUAGUUUGGCCAGUGAGAACCACCAUCCUAUUAAAUCUGAGCCAGAAAGUGACAACGAAGAGUCAAAAAAAUGCAUAUCUACCAAUGGAGAAAGGAUGCAUCAUUUUAGCAAAGGAUUAAAUGGCACUCCAAAGGAACUGAGGCAUGAGCUGUUUCCCAGUCUGAAAACUACCCCAAGGGCUAACAAUCGCCCACCACCAUCCUUGUCACCUCCUAAAUGCAUGCAAAUGGAGCGGCAUGUAAUAAGGCCACCCCCUAUUAGUCCCCCCCCAGACUCCCUGCCUCUAGCAAAUGGAGCAGCCCAUGUGAUGCAGAGAGAAGUCUGGAUGGCCAUUUUUAGCUACCUCAGCCACAGGGACUUGUGCAUUUGUAUGAGAAUCUGCAGAACAUGGAACAGAUGGUGUUGUGAUAAGAGGCUAUGGACACAAAUUGACUUAAACCGAUGUAAAUCAAUCACUCCACUCAUGCUAAGUGGCAUUAUUAGGAGACAGCCAGCAUCACUUGACCUUAGCUGGACAAACAUAUCCAAAAAACAACUCAGUUGGCUUAUAAACCGGCUUCCAGCUCUCCGGGACCUUAACUUGUCUGGUUGUUCUUGGAUUGCCGUUUCAGCUCUUUGUAGUUCCUGCUGCCCUUUACUUAGGACACUCAAUGUCCAGUGGGUAGAAGGACUAAAGGAUGCACAAAUGAGGGAUCUCUUAUCUCCUCCAACAGAUAAUAGACCAGGUCAGAUUGAUAACCGCAGUAAGCUGAGAAAUAUCACAGAGCUCCGGCUGGCAGGCUUGGAUAUCACUGAUGCCUCGCUUCGCCUUAUGAUUCGGCAUAUGCCUCUCCUUGCCAAAUUAGACCUGAGCUACUGUAACCACGUCACGGAUCAGUCAAUCAACCUGCUCACAGCAGUGGGGACCUCCACCAGGGAUACCUUAUUAGAAAUGAACUUGUCAGACUGCAAUAAUGUUACAGAUCAGUGCCUGACUUUUUUCAAACGCUGUGGGAACAUCUGCUUGAUUGACCUCCGAUUCUGUAAGCAGGUCAGCAAGGAAAGCUGUGAGCAGUUCAUAGCAGAAAUGUCUGUGAUUGUACAGUUUGGCCAAACCGAAGAAAAGCUUCUUCAAAAGGUCAGCUAAUGUGACUCCAUCUGCAGUGGAAAGAGAAUAGUGGCCUUAUCAGUAAUAAGGUUCCAGCGAUGUACCAGUCCAAACGUAUUCUACCCGUGAGCGACUUCUCCAGCACUCUGCAUACCAGCUGCUUAAGGUUGAAAUACUGAACCAAUGUUUGACCUUCCCAGGACACUUAAAUUUACAAGGGCAUGUGCUUUGGUUGUGUUCAUUUUAUGGGCUCCAAACUGUUUCACUUUUCUAGUGUCUUUAGAAAUGCAACCUCACCAAGCGUUUUAUUAAGCCUUCCCAGAUCCAGUGACCAUCUUAUGUUCUGCAGAAGUUAUUUUUGUAUAAAAGUAUUGAAAAGGUAUAUUUAAAACCCAUGGAUGGAAAGCAGUAUUUGUUCUUUUGGCUGGCUGUGUACAAUAAGUUAUCAGAAAGCAUCAGCUGAGCCCAGAUCAUUGUGUAGUAGCCACUUAUGAAGCAUGACUUAAAGCUCUUUCUGCAUAUGCAUGCAUUGAUGUCCAUGUAUUAAUUUCAAGGCAUUUUGGCAAUCAGCUUUUCAGCAUCUUAAGACUGCGCACAGCAUGAACUCUUGUGGCCUGUCCAACCAUUAUAGAGCGAUGCAGAGAAAGUCAGCCAAGACAAGUCCAUCCCAUCUCAUGCAAAGCUUCCAGCACAGUAGGGCUCAGAUUGUAACAUACAGAAGUGCCAUUGUUGUAGUUCUACUUGUUUUUCAAAGGCUCUCCUGGGCCAGUUUCAAUUUUGAAUUUAUAUUUAUUGUUCAGAGGACAGAGGAGAAAUUUGAACCAAUUUCCUGGUUACAGGUUAUUCUUAUUCAGUUAAAAAAAAAAAAAAAAAAAAAGGCCAGGUACCAUGAAGAGUUUUUCUUCAGAGACCACUAGUGCAUCUCUUUUUUGUAAAAUAGAUGCUCCUUUGCACUGGAAAUGUAAGAAUCCACAAGCGGAGACUCAGAUGCAAGUCUAUCCCACUCCUAGGCCUUGGAGUCAGAUGUAUACUUUUUUUAUUGUAAGUAACGUUGUUGGAUUUAAAGUGUAUCAUGUUUAUUUAUGGACACGUUUAUUAAAAUAUUUUACAAGA